AAGUCGGAAGCAGAGGUCCAAAUUGCGCGUGGUGGCCAUGGCGGCCAGCGGGGCUGUGGAACCAGGGCCCCCGGGGACUGCCGUCGCCCCGUCACCCGCCCUGGCCCCGCCGCCCGCCCCUGAUCACUUGUUCCGGCCCAUCAGCGCCGAGGACGAGGAGCAGCAGCCCACCGAAAUCGAAUCGCUAUGCAUGAAUUGUUACUGCAAUGGCAUGACGCGCCUCCUGCUCACCAAGAUUCCCUUCUUCAGAGAAAUAAUCGUGAGCUCCUUUUCUUGCGAGCACUGUGGCUGGAACAACACGGAGAUCCAGUCGGCAGGCAGGGUCCAGGACCAGGGAGUACGCUACACUUUGACCGUCAGGGCUCCGGAGGACAUGAAUAGAGAAGUGGUGAAGACUGACUCUGCUACCACAAGGAUUCCCGAGCUAGAUUUUGAAAUUCCUGCCUUUAGCCAGAAAGGAGCUCUGACCACUGUUGAAGGAUUGAUCACCCGUGCUAUCUCUGGCCUGGAGCAGGACCAGCCAGCACGAAGGGCAAACAAAGAUGCUACAGCUGAAAGAAUUGAUGAGUUCAUUGUCAAACUAAAGGAGCUAAAGCAAGUAGCCUCCCCUUUCACUCUGAUCAUUGAUGAUCCCUCAGGGAACAGCUUUGUGGAAAACCCACAUGCUCCUCAGAAAGAUGAUGCCCUGGUGAUCACACACUACAACCGGACCCGACAUCAGGAAGAGAUGCUGGGGCUCCAAGAAGAAGCACCAGCAGAGAAGCCAGAAGAGGAAGAUCUCAGAAAUGAAGUGCUCCAGUUCAACACAAACUGCCCAGAAUGCAAUGCCCCCGCUCAGACCAACAUGAAGCUAGUACAAAUCCCUCACUUUAAGGAGGUUAUCAUCAUGGCUACCAACUGCGAGAACUGUGGACAUCGGACCAAUGAGGUGAAAUCUGGAGGAGCAGUAGAACCCUUGGGCACCAGGAUCACCCUCCACAUCACAGAUCCCUCAGAUAUGACCAGAGACCUCCUCAAGUCUGAGACUUGCAGUGUGGAAAUCCCAGAGCUAGAAUUUGAACUGGGAAUGGCCGUCCUUGGGGGCAAGUUCACCACACUGGAAGGGCUGCUGAAAGACAUCCGAGAACUGGUGACCAAAAAUCCUUUCACACUGGGUGACAGUUCAAAUCCUUGCCAGAAAGAGAGACUGCAGGAGUUUAGCCAGAAGAUGGACCAGAUCAUCGAAGGUAACAUGAAGGCCCACUUUAUUAUGGAUGAUCCAGCAGGAAACAGUUACUUGCAGAAUGUGUAUGCACCUGAAGAUGAUCCUGAGAUGAAGGUGGAGCGUUACAAGCGCACCUUUGACCAAAAUGAGGAGCUAGGGCUCAAUGACAUGAAGACAGAGGGCUAUGAGGCAGGCCUCGCUUCACAGCGGUAGCAGUGGGGGCUCAAGGGCCAGCCGCCAGUGCUGCUCUUUCUAUAGGUUAUUUAUUAGUAUCAGAAGAAGGCUGGGAGUGUCCUCCCCACCAGCCCUUGCCCAUGGUGGGGAGGACAUCUGGUCUGAGUCAGAGAUCUAUGCACACUUUCUAAACAGCUUGUCAUGUAAGUGUGAGCCUAUUGUGUCACUUGACCUUAUUUUGGAAGUUUUGAAUUGGCCUAGGAGGAAACCCAGAAAUGAACCAGGGGUAUGUCAUUACCACUUUUUUCAUAGCAAGUCCUUACCCUCCCUCCACUUAAUGCUCUGUUCUCUAAGGUUAGAACUCUGAAGUCGGAGAAGGUGGAAUACAGUUACACCUGGA